AUGGGCCUUACACAACAUCAUCCCUUUGACCCUCUCACCGGAGACGAGAUCUCUGUUGCGGUGGAUGUCAUCCGAAAGUAUCAAACUGGUCAGCUCCUCUUCAAUGCAGUUACCCUCCAUGAGCCACGCAAGGCCGACAUGCUCAGAUGGCUUGAGCAUCCCUCUGAGGGGAACAAGCCUGCGAGAAUCGCAGACGUCACUGUGAUUCUUCCUGACGGAGCCGUCCACGAUGCACUUGUCGAUCUCAAGACAAGAAAGGUGCAGAAGUGGGAGAAGCUCGAUGGUCUUCAACCAAUUAUCACAGCUGAAGAACUCAUUUUGGUCGAGGCCAUCAUCCGUGAGGAUCCCAAGGUCAUUGAACAAUGUGAAAUCUCUGGUAUCCCCAAAGAGGACAUGCACAAAGUCUACUGCGAUCCUUGGACCAUUGGCUACGAUGAGCGUUUCGGAAGCAACAUCCGUCUUCAGCAAGCACUCAUGUACUACCGCCCUGACCCUGAUUGCUUCCAGUACCAAUACCCUCUUGACUUUUGCCCCAUCUACGACGCUGCCAAGAAAGCCAUCAUCCACAUCGACAUCCCCAGCGUGCGUCGCCCAUUGAGCAAGCAGAAGCCUAUUGACUACAUCCCACGCUACAUCAACGAGAACGGCGGCUACCGCAAGGACAUCAAGCCUAUCAACAUCACUCAGCCAGAGGGUGUGUCCUUCACUAUGAACGGCCGCGUUCUUUCAUGGCAGAAUUUCAAGUUCCACAUUGGUUUCAACUACAAGGAGGGUAUCGUGCUGAACCACAUCACUUUCACCGACAAGGGUAUCGAGAGACCCAUCUUCUACCGUCUUUCCCUGUCCGAGAUGGUCGUUCCUUACGGUGCACCAGAGCAUCCUCACCAGCGCAAGCACGCUUUCGAUCUCGGCGAGUACGGCGCUGGAUACAUGGCUAACUCGCUCGCCCUGGGCUGCGACUGUAAGGGUGUAAUCCACUAUCUUGAUGCCGAGUUUGCGGCGCGUGACGGUUCCAUCCGUACUAUCAAGAACGCCAUUUGCAUCCAUGAGGAAGACAAUGGAAUUCUUUUCAAGCAUACCGACUUCCGUGAUGACUCCGUCACAGUCACACGCGCGCGCAAACUCAUUGUGCAGCAGAUCUUCACAGCGGCAAACUACGAGUAUGCAUGCCAAUGGGUCUUCCACCAAGACGGCACAAUUCAACCUGAGAUCAAGCUCACGGGUAUCCUCAACACCUACGCUCUCAACGAGGGUGAAGACGCUGGCCCUUGGGGAACAGAAGUGUAUCCUCAAGUCAACGCGCACAAUCAUCAGCAUCUCUUCUGUCUGCGUGUAAACCCCAUGAUCGACGGUGUGAACAACACUGUUAACAUGGUUGACACUGUCGCUAGUGAGGCACCAGUUGGAAGCCCACAGAACAAAUACGGCAACGCCUUCUAUGCGAAGAAGACAAAGCUUCGCACGAGUGGUGAGGCAAAGACGGAUUACAACGGCGCGACGAGCCGAACAUGGGAAAUGGUCAACGAGAACAAGCUGCACCCUUAUUCUAAGAAGCCUGCUUCUUACAAGCUUGUCAGCAGAGAGGUUCCCGGCUUGUUGCCUAAGGAGGGCUCUCUUGUUUGGAAGCGUGCUGGUUUUGCUCGCCAUGCUGUGCACGUCACUCCUUACCGUGACGAUGAACUCUGGGCUGCAGGUCGCCACGUCCCUCAAACAUCUGGUGAGCCCUCCCUGGGUCUCCCCGAGUGGAUUGCCGAGGGAACAUCCAGCACCGAAAAUACAGACAUUGUUCUGUGGCACACAUUCGGAGUCACACACAUUCCUGCCCCUGAGGACUUCCCCAUUAUGCCCGUUGAGCCCAUGACUUUGCUGCUUCGCCCAAGGAACUUCUUCACCAACAACCCUUGUAUGGAUGUGCCACCCAGCUACUCGAUUACUCCUACGCAAGUGGCCGAGAAGAAGGGUGCUUUGGAUCAGCAUGACAAGGUCAGUCAGUUGGCGUUUGGCGGUAAGAGUUGCUGCUCUGGUGGAAACGCAGCUGCGAGAUUGUAA